UAAAGAUGUCUGCCGGCUGGGUUGUCGGCUUGCAGUCUGCUGCAAGGCUUCACUGUAGACCACUUGUACACAUGUCGGUUAUACGUGGAUGUCCGGCAUCGUACUAGUUUACGUAGAGUCCUCAAAAACUUAAUCGGUUUUUCCCUCUGGCUUCGUUUAUUUUAUGUAGUACACCAUGGGGCUGCGAAUUAAAUGCCCGCUCUUGUGGCCCCUCAUCACCACCUCCAUUCUUCUUUUAUGUGUGAAUUACUCCAACUCCCUUGCUGUGAUAAGUGUCGACCUGGGUAGUGAAUGGAUGAAAGUGGCAAUAGUUUCGCCGGGAGUGCCUAUGGAGAUUGUUUUAAAUAAGGAAUCGAAGCGCAAAACACCAGCAGUUAUAUCGUUCCGUGGUGAGGAUCGUACAUUUGGAGAAGAUGCCAUUACAGCCAGUGCUCGCUUCCCCAAACAGACAUAUGCAUACCUUCUCGACCUUGUGGGUAAAAAGGCAGACAACCCUUUAGUGAAACAGUUUCAGACAAGGUUUCCUUUCUACGACAUUAUUACGGACCCCGUCAGAGGGACUGUCCUUUUUAAACAUGAUGAUGGAGUCAACUACAGCCCAGAAGAGCUUCUGGGUAUGCUGCUUCACCGAGCAAAAGAAUUUGCGGAAAUCUCAGCUGGCCAGGCUGUUAAUGAAAUGGUCUUGAUUGUUCCUGGCUAUUUUAAUCAAGCCGAAAGACAAGCAAUGCUGCAGGCUGCAGAUUUGGCUGGCUUCAAAGUUCUUCAAUUGAUGAAUGACUAUACCGCAGUUGCCUUAAAUUAUGGCAUCUAUCGGCGUAAAGACUUCAAUGAAACAGCGCAAUACGUUAUGUUUUAUGACAUGGGUGCAACAAGUACAACAGCUUCCAUAGUGAGCUAUCAAGUGAUCAAGACCAAGGAAAGAGGUUUUGUUGAAUCUCACCCUCAGGCAUCUAUCAUUGGUGUUGGGUAUGAUCGUAGUCUUGGUGGCCUUGAAAUACAACUCCGUCUUCGCGACUAUUUAGCUCAAAAGUUCAACGAUCUUAAGAAAACACCAAAUGAUGUUUUUAAAAACCCUCGUGCUCUUGCAAAGCUCUUCAAAGAAGCUGGUAGAGUAAAAAAUAUACUUAGUGCAAAUGCAGAUCACUAUGCACAGGUUGAAGGCCUCCUAGACGAUAUUGAUUUGAAGAUUCAGGUGACUAGAGAACAGUUAGAAGACUUAUGCAAAGACAUUUUUGAUCGUAUUCGUGGCCCUGUGGAUCAGGCUCUUAAAGUAUCUGGGUUAAGCAUGGAUGUUAUUAGCCAGGUUGUGCUGGUUGGAGCUGGUGCUCGAAUGCCCAAGGUACAAGAACGUCUUCAAGAGGCUGUGAAGAUGGAUUUGGCGAAGAACAUCAAUGCUGAUGAAGCAGCUGCAAUGGGUGCUGUUUACAAGGCUGCCGACUUGAGUACUGGGUUUAAAGUUAAACCUUUCUUAACAAAGGAUGCAGUAAUUUUCCCUAUUCAGGUAACAUUUGAACGUGAAGUUGAAGGCCAAACAGUCCCAAAGCAGAUCAAGCGUCUUCUUUUUGGUCCUAUGAAUCCAUACCCUCAGAAAAAAGUCUUAACAUUUAACAAGCAUACUGAUGACUUUUCUUUCAAUGUCAAGUAUGCUGAUUUAGACCAUAUCCAAGAAAAUGAAGUUAAGAAUAUUGGUUCUCUUGACCUUCGCACAGUAUCCUUGAGCGGUGUGUCUGAAGUUCUUAACAAACAUAAGGGUCCCAAUGCUGAAUCAAAAGGCAUCAAAGCUCAUUUUUCGAUGGAUGAAAGUGGAAUUCUGAGUUUAUUGAAUGUAGAGCUGCUUGUGGAAAAAAAUUCUACAGAUGAUGAGGAAUCAACUUUUUCUAAAUUAGGAAGCACUAUCAGUAAACUUUUCACUAACCCAGAUGAAGCAGAUUCUGAGAAGACAGGGGAAAAGCCUAUUCAUGAAGAGCCUGAAGAGGGUGGUGAGGAAAAAGAUGCCAAAGAAGGCAAAGAAAAGGAAAAGAAAGAAGAUAAACCAGAUGAAUCAAAGACACAAGAAACCAAGUCAGAUGAUAAAGCAGAUGAUACUAAAAAAGAUGAAAACAAGAAAGAUGAAAGUGAGAAAAAGGGUGAGAAAAAGACUUUAACAAAAUUACUAAAAGAAAAGAUUUCUACUGAGGAGGAACAACUUGGAGUUAUUCCUAUGAGUAAGGAUGCUUUACAAGAAGCUUUUAGAAAGAUUCAAACCCUUAAUGAAUAUGAUUUCCAACGUAAUCGUCGUGAAAGUGCCCUUAACGCAUUAGAAAGCUAUGUUUUUGAUGCCCAAAAUAAGUUGGAAGAGGAGGAUUAUCAAGCUGCUGCUACCAGUGAAGAAAUUGAAAAAAUAAGACUUGGUUGCUCUGAGAUCUCAGAUUGGUUGUACGAAGAUGGUUCUACAGCUGAUGCAGAAGCGUAUGAAGCCAAGUUAUUGGAUCUUCAGAAAUUGACUAAACCUCUUUAUCUCCGGGUUGCAGAGCACCGUGAGAGACCUGACGCAAUUGCUGCUUUGCGAACAGUUUUGAAUGGUAGCUCUACAUUUCUAAAAGAUGCUCGUAAUGUAACUGCUGCUAAACUAGAAGCAGAAGAAAGUUGGGUUUUCACAGAAAUUGAACUUAAUACAUUAGAGAAACAAAUUAAGGAAACAGGGGAGUGGCUGACCAAAAUGGAAAAAGAACAAGCUGAACAGAAACGCUCUGAAGCUCCAAAAAUGUCUAUCAAAUCCAUCAGUGACAAAAUUAAUAACCUGGACCGUGAAGUAAAAUAUUUAGUUAACAAAGCCAAGAUCUGGAGACCACCCAAGGCCAAAGAAGAUUUGAACAAUGAUGCGAAAAACAGCACUGAGAAGAAGAAGGAAACAAAGGAAUCAAAAGACUCGAGUGCUGAAGGAAAAGAAGACAAAAAAGAACAGUCUGAAAAAUCAACACCCACUGACGGCCCAGAAAAAGUUGCUAAGCCUGAUUCCUCAGAAAAAGAAAUCCCGGAUCCUUCCAAACCAGGUGAAUCAUCAGAUGUUCCACACUCAGAACUUUAGAAAAACUUAAUCUAAUAACUGUAUUCAAGAUGUAGCUCCAAAUAGGUGAUUUUACACACCUUAAAUACUGUAAUACACAUUUUACCAUAUGGUUUUGUUCUGUGUAAUCUACGACAAAUUAGUCACUGGAAUUACCAAAUAAUUUAAAAUCAGAUUGUGUCUAUUUGUUUAUUCAAGAGACAAAAUAUAAUUGAGAGUGGAAUAUAUGAACUGGUAGCUCAAUUCAAUUCCGAGUUCAAUUCAGUAUGAAGGAGAGUGAGCAACUAUGUCUCUUAGGUCAUGAGACAUUGACAUUUAGCUAAUUUCUUGCUGCUGUUGUCUGCAAACAAUUGUAUUUCUACCUCAUGUAUAGCUCUACUCCCUGAUUUUGUAACUCUUAAUUUGGGAGAAAGUGAACUUUAAGCAUUAUCACUUUAGACCCGAAACAGUGAAACUUAACACAAUGACAAGAGACUGAAUGAAUGAAUGAAUGAAUCAUGCAUGAAUGAACUGAUUUAAGUUCUGAGGAUAGAAGCUCGAAAACCAACAAUGUUAUGCUUAACAUCAUAUGCACAUCUAAUCAUUAUUUUUGUAACUUAUUGAUUUCUAAGAAAUCUCCAUUAGACAAACAAACUGAUGUUGAAAACUUUCCUACUUUGUGGAUUAUUUUUGUACAGCUAAUGGAGCCCUUUUUGAGAUCUAACUGGCUUGUUACAUACAAUUUCUCUUUACCAAAGUACCUACCUACCGUAUGUGUAUUUUAGAUCUUGAGAACCUGCAGAGGCAGAAACUUCCAGAUUCCAAACUUCCCAUUUAUGAAGGUGCUGUACAUUAGCCAUGCAUUUUAGUGUUAGCAUUCCACAAUUAUCAUCAAUUAUGAAGAAACAAGUUUAAUAUUAUUUUUGUUGUGAUAGACAUGCUAUUGGGCAUAACUUAACUAAAUAAGGAAAUGUUUCUUGAAAAGAGGAAGUAUCUAAUUUUUCUCAUGUUGCGAUCUCCACACUGGCAGGUCUGCAAGUUUUAACAUUUGAAGUGAGUCUGUUUUUCACACUGUGUGCAAUGUUAGUGUAAUUAAUUGCAGAAUAUCUUCAGAGUCAUCAGAUGAGAGACCUGCUCCCCCCUUUUACACAUGAAAAAAACCCAUAAAAAACCUUAAUGGUUCAAAUUUUUUUCAGUCCUUUCAUUCAUUAAUUUAUCACACAAUUUUUACUGAUAUCUGCGAGUUUAAUGUAGCGUGUUGUGUUAUUCACAUGUAAGAUAUAAUUGAGGGAUUUACGUGAUACAGAUAUUUUUCUUUUAACAAUGUGUCAAACAAUUUCCUUUCAUUGAAGUUCUUUCAAUGAAAUUUCUCAUUCUUACAGAAUGUCAUAGGAGCAUUAAGUCAAUCUCAUCCUUAGGGAGUUGACUUCCUGUAUUUAUUUGGGGUGCUUUAUUUAUUAUAUUGGUAACUGAAUGGUCUUACAGGAUUUAACACCAUCAUCCUUUUUUCUACCACUCUUAUUUCCUUAGUUGUCAUGGGUGUAAGUACUACAAUAUCAACAUUUCUUCAAAUGCAUUCCUAAUCCUGACCUGUUUCAAACCAACACCUCCAAACUUGUAUUUAACACCCAGUUUGCGUGUGUGUGCAAACGCACAAUCAAUUUAGGUGUAUGGUUUUUUAUGCACCCCUAAACAAAGAGAUUUUAAGCAGACUAUCAGUAAGCUUUUUUUACAAACACAACUGUUUGAGUGUUUGAUUCCGAAGUUUCAUUCUCACGUGUUAACAUUUUCCCCCCUGUCUAGCAAUAUUCCUCAGGGGCUCAUUAUAGAAAGUUAUCAAUGUUUGUCACUGAAAAGUGAAAUAUUUGUGAUGUUAUUUAUUUUGCUGCCUGUGUAUUGUUUUUUUCACACAAUUGUGAAAUGGCAGGAACAUUAAUGCGGCUUUGUCAAUAAGUUUAAUACACAGUUCCAUCUGUGUUCGAUUUCUGUGAUUUACUGUUUUCUUGCUGUAAGUCUGCUUCAAUAAGAAAGAAAGACGAAACUAUUGUGAAAACUUCAUGUACUUCUGAGAUGAAAAUAAAAAGUGAAACUAAAUUUUA